GCGUCGCGUCCGCCGUCUUCUGCAGCCCGUGUUCGCUACUGAGGUGUCGUUGCCAGCCCUCGGACACUUACGCCGCCGCCUCGCCUCGCCUCCGCUGCCAGCCCUCGCACGGUUAUCAUGUUCGGGCUCAACGCCGUCGUCACGCACAUCGCGCCGCUGUUCAUCGCGACCAGCCCCGUGACCAGCUAUGCGGACCAGAUCUACUCGAUCCACAAGACGCGCAGCUCGGCCGGCUUCUCGCUGGACAUUCCGUUGAUCAUGCUGGUCGCCAGCAUCCUGAAGAUCUUCUACUGGUUCGGCGCGCACUUCAGCACCUCGCUGCUGGUGCAGGCCCUGCUCACCAUCGCCGUGCAAGUCCUGCUGCUGCACGUCGCGCUGACGCACCGCCCCAACCCGGCCCUCGCACACACGCCCUUCGCGCUCGCCCGCGCGCCCGCGCCCCGCCGCCGCCCCUACGACUUCUGGCAGUGGCGCGCCCCGCGCCCCUACUGGGCCUUCGUGACCUACCUCGCCGCGGCGCUGCUGGCACUGCACCUCGUGCUGUCCCCGACGCGCUGGUUCCUGCCGUACACCGACUUGCUCGGCGCGAUCGCGCUCGCCACCGAGGCCACGCUGCCACUACCCCAGCUCCUCGCCAACUGGCAGCGGCGCGGCUGCAAGGGCUUCCGGCCCUCGGUGAUUGCGAACUGGGUGCUGGGCGACAGCUUCAAGAUGUGGUUUUUCUUCGCCAGCGAGGCCGGGGCCGUGCCCUGGGCGUUCAAGGCCUGUGGCGUGUUUCAGGCUGCGUGUGAUGCCGGGCUCGCGGUGCAGUAUUUGGUGUGGGGCGAUGGGCCCGAGGGGGUGGCGUGGGAUGGGGAGAAGGAGGUUAGGAGUCCGCCGCCGGAUAGGGCGGAUUUCGGGGGCGACGUUGGGGGUGCGGGCGUGGGCGGGGUGGUGGAGUUGGGCGCGGUACCGGCGUAUGAGAGGAGGUAGGGCGGGCGUGGAGGGCGGGAGUCGUGUGCCGUGGGGAUGCGGGGGCGGAGAAAUCAAUGCAGGAUUCGCACAACGAGGAGGUU